CAUUCUGUUAUUCUUAUCAUGCUCUCUGAGUGUCUUUGGCUUUUUCUUGGUGGUUGGUCUUGUGUCUGAUGUUCUUUGAGUUUGAGCUCUAAACACACCUAUACAAUAAUGUACACCAAUGGAAGCUACAGCAAUGGUAGCUGUGCCACCAGUUGCAAUGCACUGGGAACCAGUUCUGGAGCUUCUAGAAGAUAUGGUUUUCCUGAUGUGUGUAGUGCCAACUGUGGAGGUUCUCCAAGAUACUGUGGUGGAACAACUUACCAAGGAAAUCAAGGCAUGGAAAGAGGCAUCUAUGGUGGCUUGGAUGGAGGUCCUUUAGGCAACGGUUAUGUAUAUGAUGCUUCUGGUGGGUUUGGCGUUAGCAGCAUCUGCUUUAAAUAUCUUGGUGGUGGAUUUGGCAUUUGCAUUGAGGCACCUUCAUGCACCUAUGAUGAGAAAAAGACCAUGCAGAAUCUCAAUGACCGCUUGGCAUCUUACCUGGACAAUGUGCGGUAUUUGGAGGAGGAAAAUGCUCAGCUCGAGUGCAAAAUUAGGAAUUGGUAUGAUCAGCAAGGCUCACUCAAUGACCCAAAGGAUUACAACUAUUACUACGAACAAUCUGAAGACCUUAAAAAACAGCUUAUUUGUGCCACAGUGGACUGCAGGAAACUUGUCCUGGACAUUCAUAACAGCAAGAUGACUGCAGAUGACUUCAGAAUGAGGUAUGAGGCUGAGCUGGUUUUUCGCCAGGAUAAGGAAACUGACCUUGAUAGCUUGCGUCAAAUCCUGGAUCGGCUGACCCUUGGCAGGUCUGAUCUUGAGGCUCAACUUGAGUCUUUCCAGGAAGAGCUAUGUUGCCUGAAAAAGAACCAUGAAGAGAAAGUAAAUCUACUGAAGAAACAGGCACAGAGGAAUCUUAAUGUUGAAGUGAAUCCUAACCCAGGCUCAGAACUGCAGAAAGCCUUGGAUGAUCUGAGAAGGCGGUAUGAAGCAAUUAUUGAGAAGAAUGUCAAAGAAAUUGAGAAGUGGUAUGAAAGUACGAUAGAGGCCAUUAACAGGAGCAAAGAGCUUAAAGAUGACAACCACCAAGUUGUUGACUUGAAAGGCCAGCUGAAAACUUUGGAAAUCAAUCUGCAGACUCAGCUUAGCCUGAGGGACACACUGCAAGAAUCUUUGGUAGAGACCCAACGCCUUUAUAAUAACUGUUUGGCUGAAAUACAGAACCAGAUUUGCUAUAUGGAGCAACAACUGGUAGAGCUGAGGGUGAAGACAGAGUGCCUGGAUGAAGAAUACACAAGGCUUUCAGAUGCCAAAUGUUUUCUGGAACGUGAGAUAGAAAUAUACUGUUGUCUGUUAGGAGAACAGCAUGAUCCAGAGCAUACUGAAGAUGAUGCAGAUAAAUCUCCCACAUUCACAUGACCACGUCUUCCCAAUGAUCUCACUGUCAAUCUGAUGUAAAAGG